CGAGUCGAAUUUUCUAACCAGAGUACAAGUGUUACAUAAUUACUGCAUAUAAAAUUGUCAUUCUCUUCUGUCAUUUUUUUAAAUAUUCAAAAUAAAUAUAAAAAAAAAUCUUGACUUUCAUCUGACACCAAAAAUUUCUAAACCAAUUUCCCAGAGCUUAAAAAAAAAAUUUCGUCCUCCAAAAAGGAGCAUCAGCCUUAAAAUUAAACCUGCGCGCGCAAUUUAUCUCUAAUAAAUAACUUGCGCCAUAGAAAUCCCCAUAAAAAAUAACCUGUGAUAAAAAAAGUAAAUUGAAACCACAAAAUUAAUUAUUACAAGUAAUCGUGGACUGAUGAACCCGUAGAAAGUGAAACGUCAAUUUACUUAACCUCAAAACAGAACUAGUCACACAAAAACUGUACAUAGCACAGCAAUAUCAAAAAAAAUUAAUAUCCUUUUUAUAAAUAAGUAAAAAUAAUAAACAUAAAUAGAUAAGAUAAAAAUAUAUAUAUAUACAUAAAAAUGAUUAAAAAUAUUCUAGUUAAUUUUAUCGACGUGGACUUCACUCUGUGGCUCUCGUGGAUGUUGAUGCCCCUGCUGAUAACAUUUUUGUUGCCAAUUUUUAUACUAAUACUUUUGUACAUGACCGCGGCUAUUUUUUACAUUUACAAACUCCACCGAGGAAGGCUCCAGGAAGCCUACGGAAGAGACUGGAAAACUGCUGCGCGAAGUGUAGUCGCGGCAAUAUGGGACGUCCAUGGGUACAUUUACUACGGGUAUGAAGUUGUCGGUAUGGAAAAUGUACCAAAAGAUGAACCAGUUUUAUUUGUUUACUACCACGGAGCGGUACCGAUUGACCUCUACUAUCUGAUAGCAAAGAUGGUCCUGCUGAGGUCAAAAAUAAUCCACACAGUCGCUGAUAAUUUUUUAUUUAAAGUACCGGGGUUCGCAAUUAUCUGCGAUGUGAUGAAACUGAUACCGGGAACAGUGCAGACCUGCUCCCAAGUUCUUCUUGAGGGGAACAUGCUGGCGAUCGCACCAGGAGGUGUCUUCGAAGCCCAGUUUGGAGACUCGUAUUACAAAUUGAUGUGGAAGAACCGCAUGGGAUUCGCAAAAGUCGGACUCGAGUCUAAAGUCAAAAUAAUUCCGAUGUUCACGCGGAAUCUGCGGGAGGCCUUCCGGACUGUGAGCUGGGGCAGGAGACUUUGGCUGAGGAUCUACGCGCUCACUAGGUUCCCUUUUGCUCCAAUUUACGGCGGGUUUCCGGUAAAACUCGUCACUUAUAUUGGGAAACCCAUCGAGUAUGAAGAAGGUCUGACUGCUGAUAAACUGAAGCUCAAAGUCGCGGAGGCACUGGAAGAUUUAAUUAGACAGCACCAGGUAAUUCCUGGGAGUAUUACUCGCGCGUUGCUCGAGCGCGUUUACAGCCCGACGAGACAUAAACAGAAUUAAUAUAUUUUUUUAUGCUUAUAUUUUUAUUAUUCGGUAGUUAAUUGGGAGAGGGAAUUUUUUAAAACGGCUAGGAAAUUGUAUUUAUUUAAAUUUUAAAAGUUAAGUGAUAUUUUUAUUUAUGAUGUAGAUUUUAUUCAGGUGGAGUAUUAAUAUUUUGUCUAGUUUUUUAUAUUUUUAUUUUAUAUUUUUAAAGAAGUUGAUAAAAAUUAUCGCGAAAUUUGAAUUUAAAAAGCGGGAAAGUAAAAAUUCAAAAAAAGUUUAAUGGACUUUAGUAAAUAAUUUUAAUUUUUAAAAUGCGAUUUUUGAAUUUCGAAGAAUAAGAAAUAAAUUUUUGAAAUUGUAAUUCAAAAGUUUUAUUUGUUCGGAGACUGGUUUAAAAUUUUGGAUAUUCCAUUUAUUUUAAAAUCAAUAAUAAUUUUACUCCACUAAAUUUAUCUUCGCUCAGGCUCUCUAAUUAU